CACCCACAUAACUGGGCAAACUUAUCACCACUGUAGUAAAGUUGACCAAGAGGCUACUGGUUAUUAAUAGGGGGGAGGGAAGAAAACCCAGCGUCUGGCACAUUUUGUACUAUUUCAUGUUGGGCUUUUAAGUUCAUUUUGCGCAGAAGGCUGCAUUAUUUUGAUCCACGUUUUAGCGCUCGGACUUAUCUUUGGAAAUAACGUGAUAACAACACAUUACCGCGAACAUGGGACGUUUCAUCUAAACCAAGGCUCGUCUUUCGGAUUUGGGAUGGUGUCUUUGUAGCAUCUCAGGUUUCAGCAAAUACCCCAAAGAAACUUUAUGUGGUCAGCAGAGAGCCAGCCAGCCAUGGGUCCCCUAACCACACCAAAAAAAGCAAGGGAAGGAGGUUGUGUUGACCCCUGGACGCCAACUUCCAACCUUAAAAUGCUCAUCAGCGCGGCCAGUCCCGACAUCAGGAACCGAGAGAAGGAGCUGUGCAUGGACAACGACGGGCGGGAGGGUGUUGACUCUACACAGGAAAUUGAAAACGGAGAAGAGUCUGAGAAAUGGAUCAGCAGGAAGGAGAAGAGCCUGGGUUUGCUCUGUCACAAAUUUCUCGCCCGCUACCCGGAUCGUCCGAAUCCUGCCCUCAACAACGACAUCUGCCUGGAUGACGUGGCCACUGAGCUCAAUGUAGAACGCCGGCGCAUCUACGACAUCAUGAAUGUGCUGGAGAGUCUCCACAUGGUGAGCCGCUCGGCCAAGAACCGCUACACGUGGCACGGCCGCACCAAGCUGGCUCAGACUCUGGCCAUCCUGAAGCAGGUGGGCGAGGAGCACAGGUACGGCCAGCAGAUGCAGCAGAUCAGGCAGCGUCUCCUGGACAGGGAGUUCGACUUUGACAGUGAAGAGAAGGAGAACAAGGAGGUGGCGGUGGACCUGGACAGCGGGGAGGCGGGACAGAAGGAGCUCUUCUUUGUGGAGCUUCCAGGAGUGGAGUUCAAAGCAGCCUCUGUUAACAGUCGGAAGGAUAAAUCUCUGAGGGUGAUGAGCCAGAAGUUUGUCAUGCUCUUCCUGGUGUCUAAUCCUCGUGUGGUCAGCCUGGAUGUGGCAGCUAAGAUCCUGAUCGGGGAGGACCAGGCUGCAGAUCAAGACAAGAACAAGUUCAAGACCAAAGUGCGCCGACUGUAUGAUAUUGCUAACGUACUGCGGAGCCUGAAGCUCAUUGAGAAAGUUCACGUGACGGAAGAGAGGGGGAGGAAGCCGGCCUUUGAAUGGGUCGGCCCUGAAAAAUUCCCUCAAGUCCCUGAAGACCUGAGGAGCACCACAUCCGCAUGCCCAUCCAACAAUAAAAGUGUGCUGGAGCCCCGUGCGUCUGUAGACAACUGUGCCAAAAACCUGUUUUCAUCGCCCGGGGCGAAACGCGGCUUCACCCGGCACCCCUCCCUCAUAAAGCUGGCCAAGAGCAUUCAGGACGACCGUCGCAAGAUCAACUCCGCCCCCAGCAGUCCUGUCAAGAGUUCCCUCAGUGAUUCAUCAAACGCUGACAUCCCUAACAAAAUGGCCCAACUCGCUGCUAUUUGUAAGAUCGAACUUGACCAGGAGUCAGCAACUGGACCUAAACAUAAAAAACCUGCUGCUGCGAGGCUCGAGCCAACCUCCUCUGUUCCAGUGGAGCCGCCUCAGGCGCCGUUACUAACCCCAACCCGGGAGCCUGGAAUCAACACUACUGUCCGCCUCACCCCCCACGCCCCGCUGGCAGCCCUGCCUGCAGGCUCCGUCGCAUACAUCCCAGCGCACUGCUCAUCUCUGAUCCCCGUGUUGCUACCUCAGCAGCGGGGAGGCGGGCCCUACGCCGUGAUUUUGCAGCCUUCUUCCUCCAGGCCAAACCCUCUGGCAAGGCCACAGCCGACCAGCUUCGCUGUACGCUCUAUGACCUUUGAGGAUAAGACUGGGCAGAGCCCGACUGGUCAGUGUUCAGCUAAGGGCCAGCCGGCGUCCAGGGCGCCAGACAUCAGCCCCUCGGUGCUCAAACGACUGCAUUCAGAUUCGGCCUCCGAGAGCAGCCCCUCCAAAGCCAAGCGGACGGAUCCCGGUUUGAAGGACACCUCUCCAAAGCUGUGUGAGAUCCUGCAGGCCCGUCUGAAGGCCCGUCGCAGCACUCAGGUCUCGAGCCGGCCUUCGCCUCGUGCCCUCCACCUGGACCCAGAGUUUGUCAACACCCCCGGCGGUGCCGCAGCCAAUCAGACACUAGAGCAGAGCUUGGAGACCUUCUUGGACAGAGAGGACAAGACCGCAAACUCUGACAGUGAGGCGGGGUUGACACCCGUGAGAGCCAUACCCCUCACGCCAGGACAUCUCCACACUGAGACUUUAGUACCAGCUGGAUACCUCAUCCCGAUCUCCCAGCAGGCCCUCGUCAGUGACAAGGAUAUUCAAGGUUUAGGGAAAGAAGGCAACAAGGCCUCAACUCCCACCUACAACAUCUACCAAACGCCAACUGCAGGCUCCAGACCUUCUCCAGCACAGGAGAUUACGCCCACCAGCCUUCGUAUUCACAAACUGACUGCUGCCCCCUCGCCACAGGCCACCCAGCAGGCCCACCGCCUCCACAGCCCCAGUCCGGCCAUCCUCAACUUCACCCUGCAGAACCUGGGCCUGAUCUCAGGCUCCAGUCCCGCAAACGGCUUCGCUGCCCCGCAGACUCCCGAGUCAGCCCACACGCUGCCCAGCCCGCUGGCUCUGCAGCAGAGAGGCAUGGUUUUCAUCAAGCCCGUGUCCCCCUUGCCCAUCCAGCAGUCUGUUUCCGGGCCACCAGUGGCUCUGAUCGGCGUACAGCAGCCUCUCGUGACCACCCCCAAAGGUACGGGACUCCCCCAGCACAGCUUCUUCCACACGCCCGUCCCCGUCUCCCCUCUGGCUGCCGUGGUGCCCACCGGAGGACACCUCGCCGCCAAAGCUGUUUACAUCCCACAGAGGAAGCUGGACGUCGCCACUGAGGACUCCUGAAGGGGAAAACCCUCUGAUGUCUGUGAACAUCGUGUGUGUGGGUGUGGGUUGGUGGUGUGUGUUGUGGGUGGGGGAUUUUCUGUCUGUUUUACAGUAUUCAUGACCUCUGAACAUUUCACAGCGGCCUUAGCGCCUCCGGUCACAGCCAGCUCUGGAAACGGACUCCACGCAGGCUUCGGCUGUGGACCCACAGGGAUUCGAUUUCAGACCGAGACACUCGUGAACACUAUUGUCAUUGUGACGUUGGUGCAGACUUUUCCCAGGGCUAAAUUUGCAUGAUCUAAUGGAGGAAAGUUUAUUUUCAUGUCUUGUUUAUUUGGUUUAUUUUGGUUUUUCUUCUGCAACCAAGGGUGGGGUGGACACCUUUUUUUCCUUUCUCCAAAUCAGUUGUAAAAGUCACAUCAGUGUUAUAAAGAACAAAGCAAGUCGGAUGGACGUUUGUGACUGAAAGAUGAGUCUGAUUUGAAACAUUGUUGGCUGAUCGUUUUGUUAAAAACGAUUUUUGCACAUAUGUACAUGUUAUCUGUUGCCCCUGUUAAAGAUGGAAUUGUUUAGAAUAUGUGAAUAUUUGUGAUUCAAUCUAAGACUAAUCAGACAUUUUGAUAAGUUUAAUUUAUAAGGAAAUUACCUUCAUUUCUGAUGUCCUGCUAAAUGUAAAAUGUUAACUGAGUUUUAAUACAUUUUUUUUUUAAGAAC